AUGGAGCACCAAACACCCUCUGUUUUCCCUGGAAAUUUCCGGAAACGCAAAGCCAACACUUCGCUCGAGCUGCAGCUCGAGCGCACUGCGGAGCGACUCCGGCCGCACGUCGCUCAAGCAGGCCACGGCGCGCUCGCCGCCCUCCUCGGCGUGUGCAACCGCGCCCUCGCGGAGACCUCCCGUCUCCAGGCGCUGCCUCCUCCGCCGCCGGUGGGCGCCGACGUGCAGGACGAGCAGCGCUCGCAGAUCGAGGACCUUCGCGCCGUCGAGGAGGGCUGCCUGAACGCGGAGGUUCGGCAGCUGCGCGCGCGGCUGGAGGAGAUGCGCGAGGAGAAGGCCGAGGUCGCUGCCUCCUCGGACCCUCGCUGGCUCUCUCGGUUGUAG